CCGUGCCGCGCGGCCCCGCCCCCUCCGCCAUGCGGCUACGGGUCCCGCCGGGCGCUCCCGCCGCCCUCAAGGUGCUCGCGGCCGCCGCCGCCGCCCCCGCGGCCGUCCGCCCGCUGCUGGCCGGGCCCGCAGAGCGGCCUCAGGGCCCCGGGCCGGAGCUGCGGCUGGAGCUGGACAGCGGCACCGUCCUGUUCUCUCCCAACGCCAUCUGCCAGUAUUUCUACCUGUGCCGCGGGGAGGAGCCCACCGACCUCACCACGCAGUGGCUGGAAUGGGAGGCCACGGAGCUGCAGCCGGCGGUGGCCGCUGCCCUGUACCUGCGGCUGGUGCAGGGCCGGGCGGGGCCCGAGGUCCUGGGGGUCCUGCAGCCCCUCCUGGCUCACCUGGAGCAGCAGCUGGCCCGGAGCGGCACCUCCCACCUGGCGGGGGACGCCGCCUCGCUGGCUGACGUGGUGGUGUGGGGCAGCCUGUUCCCAGUGCUCCAGGACGACUCCAGUCUGCCCAGUGAGCUGCAGGUGCUGCGCCGCUGGCUCGGGGCCAUGGCGGCGUGGGAGCCGUGCCGAGCCGCGGCCGCGCUGCUGCCGGAGGCGCUGCCGGAGCUGCGGAGCCACCUGGGCCAGCACCCCCCGGCCCUGCCCGGGCCCCGCCAGCAGCCCCAGGACGAGGAGAGCCCCGAGCGGACGCUGACCGACGACGACAUCGCCGCCGCCGCGGAGAUCUGGGCACGGGGCCCCGCCGCGCUGCCCCCGCCCCGGCAGCAGCCCACGCCCGUGUUACCUGUGGAGGGCGAGAGGAACGUGCUGAUCACCAGCGCGCUGCCCUACGUCAACAACGUCCCUCACCUGGGCAACAUCAUCGGCUGCGUGCUCAGCGCCGACACCUUCGCCAGGUACUGCCGCCUGCGGCGCUGGAACACGCUGUUCGUGUGCGGCACAGACGAGUACGGCACGGCCACGGAGACGCGCGCGCUGCAGGAGGGGCUGAGCCCCCAGGAGCUCUGCGACCGCUACCACGCCCUGCACGCCGACAUCUACAGCUGGUUCCACAUCUCCUUCGACCACUUCGGCCGCACCACCACGCCCCAGCAGACCAGGAUCGCCCAGGACAUCUUCCAGCGGCUGCUGGCGCGCGGCUUCCUGCUGCAGGACACGCUGGAGCAGCUGCGCUGCGAGAGCUGCGGCCGCUACCUGGCCGACCGCUUCGUGGAGGGCACCUGUCCCUUCUGCGGCUACGCCGAGGCGCGCGGCGACCAGUGCGACAAGUGCGGCAAGCUCAUCAACGCCGUGGAGCUCCAGAACCCCCAGUGCAAGCUGUGCCGUGGGACCCCGGUGGUGACGCCCACCCAGCACCUGUUCCUGGACCUGCCCAAGCUGGAGGGGCGGCUGGAGGCGUGGCUGGAGCGCAGCUGGGCGCAGGGCGAGUGGACGGCCAACGCGCGGCACAUCACGCGCUCCUGGCUGCGCGACGGGCUGCGGCCGCGCUGCAUCACCCGCGACCUCUCCUGGGGCACCCCGGUGCCCCUCGACGGCUUCCGUGACAAGGUGUUCUACGUGUGGUUCGACGCUCCCAUCGGGUACCUGUCCAUCACGGCCAACUACACCGAGCAGUGGGAGCGCUGGUGGAAGAACCCCCAGCAGGUGGAGCUCUACAACUUCAUGGCCAAGGACAACGUCCCCUUCCACAGCGUCGUGUUCCCCUGCUCGCUGCUGGGCGCCGACGACAACUACACCCUGGUGAACCACCUGAUCGCCACAGAGUACCUGAACUACGAGGACGGGAAGUUCUCCAAGAGCCGGGGCGUGGGCGUGUUCGGGGACAUGGCCAAGGACACCGGCAUCCCGGCCGACGUCUGGCGCUUCUACCUGCUCUACGUGCGGCCCGAGGGCCAGGACAGCGCCUUCUGCUGGGCCGACCUGCUGCUCAAGAACAACUCCGAGCUGCUCAACAACCUGGGCAACUUCAUCAACAGGGCUGGCAUGUUCGUGUGCAAGUUCUUUGGGGGCACCGUGCCCCCCAUGGCGCUCACGGCUGAGGACCAGCGGCUCGUGGCCCGGGUCACGCUGGAGAUGCGCCAGUACCACCAGCUGAUGGAGAAAGUCCGCAUCCGCGACGCGCUCAGGUGCGUGCUCAGCAUCUCCCGCCACGGCAACCAGUACAUCCAGGUGAACGAGCCCUGGAAGCGCAUCAAGGGCGACGACAGGGACAGGCAGCGCGCGGGGACGGUGACCGGCGUGGCGGUGAACGUGGCGGCGGCGCUGGCCGCGCUGCUCCAGCCCUUCGUGCCCGGGGUCAGCGCCGCCAUCCAGGGCCAGCUGCGCAUCCCCCCCGAGCGCUGCGGCCUCGGGCCUGGCCUCACCUGCACCCUGCCCGCCGGGCACCGCGUCGGCACGGUGAGCCCCCUGUUCCAGAAGCUGGAGCCUGAGCAGGUGGAAGCCCUGCGCCAGCGCUUCGGGGGAGGGCAGGCCAAAGAGGCCCCCCCGGCCUCAGCCCCCCCUGCACCCCCCAACACCUCUGCAGCUCCAGGUGACCCCAAACUGAUCCAGGAGCUGACAGAGCAGGUGGCCAAGCAGGGCAACCUGGUGAGGCAGCUGAAGGCUGCCCAGGUGGAGAAGGCCCAGGUGGACGCCCAGGUGGCCAAACUGCUGGAGCUGAAGCAGCAGCUGGCGCUGGCCGAAGGCCGCAGCCCCGAGGUCCCCAAGGGCAAGCGGAAGAAGUGACCCCAGCACCACCUGGGACGCCCGAGGAGCUCCAGUAACCAAACUGGGCCGGUUGUGGUCGGAUGUGUGUAAUAAACGAAAAGAUCUGUACAAGGGCGUGGAGCAGCUGCA